AUUGCAGUCGGACUCACUCUGACGCUGUGCUGUGUCCUGAGGAGAGGAACACUGGAAAAUAAUCCAGUAUGAAGCUCUCUCUGGUUGUGAGUUGUGUGUUGCUGAUUGUAACCUCGGUCUCCACACUUGAUCCAGUGUUAAACAAUGAAUGGCUGAGCUGGAAAUCCUUUCACGGGAAGCAGUACAUGGAGGAAGAGGAAAUCUACAAGAGGAUGAUAUGGGAAGAGAACAUGAGAUUCAUUCAGAAGCACAAUCAGGAGCACUCAAUGGGCAAACACACAUUUACAGUGGAGAUCAACCAGUUUGGAGACUUGACCACUGAGGAAUACAAUCAGCUUCUGACUGCAUUCCAUGGACAGAUACCUGAUGAUUGCAAAGAAUUUAGACCACAGAACCCGACUGUGCUUCCUCAGACUGUUGAUUGGCGAAUUGAAGGCUUAGUUACUCCAGUGAAGAACCAGGGUACCUGUAGAUCAUGCUGGGCGUUCAGUGCCACAGGAGCCCUCGAAGGGCAGAUGUUUAAGAAAAAAGGAAAACUUGUUUCUCUGAGUGAACAGAAUCUGAUUGAUUGUGAUAAAACCCAAAAGGGUUGUCGAGGUGGAUACCCUUUUCGUGCGUUUCAGUAUGUUAAGAAACAUGGUCUCAACUCAGAGAAAAAUUAUCGCUACAUGGCAAAGGAUCAGGAUUGUAAAGGUAUAGAGAAGAAAGUUGCCACUUGCAAGGAUUGCGGAUUUAUUCAGAAAUCUGAACGACAUUUAGCUGCAGCAGUGGCGAGCAUUGGACCUAUAUCUAUUUGUGUUGAUGGAUCUCACAAAUCUUUCCAGUUUUACAAGAAAGGUAUCUAUUAUGAAAAAAACUGUUUAAAGCCAAUCAACCAUGCGAUGCUGGUGGUUGGGUAUGCGAGCAGAGCUAAUAAAAACUAUUGGAUUGUUAAAAACAGUUAUGGAACAACUUGGGGUGAUGAAGGCUACAUCUACAUGGCUAAAGACAAGCGUAAUAACUGUGCAAUAGCCAAUAAUGCAACCUAUCCUGUGGUGUAAAGAGUCCGAAGAGUCACCUGGAAUUGGAUCAAAUGUUGCGCGGAGAAAACAUAAUGCUUCCGCUAUGUAGCCGUCAGCUCUGCGCAUCAAUAUAAUGUUAAAUUUGAUUUAAAGGAAAUGUGGUCAGCAAACUGUUACUCUAUCAUUGAGAAAAAUGUCUAAGCGCAUAGAUGCAAAAUGCGAUAUAUCAUCACAGACUGUGACAAUCAGCACAUCAAAUCUGUUAUGAAGCAUCACAUUUUCCACCACAAUACAGUAGAACAGUUCUUAUCCAUGCAUCGGAUGACUGCAUGCUUGCGUAUCUGCAAUGGGGCUGCUCUGCAGAAAGUGCUUGUGAAAGGACAUGUCGACGUGCUGUUGUUAUUUUAACAUCAUACUCUGCAAACAAAGCCGCUUUGGUUGCCCUGGUCGGAGCCCGUGGUUAACAAAUCUUGUCCUUUUGAUUUCUCCUUAAAUCUCUUCGCAAAAAGGAAAGCCGUUUUACCCUCUGGAAUCUGCACCACCCAUUAAAGGAGAGUAUUUCAGGGCAGGAGCCAACUACAACUCUGCUGAGUAUUCUAAGUGCGUAUUAUUAAAAGAAAAUAUUUUUAUGGAUUCUUAUUCUUUUAUAAUGAGUGUAUGGCAUUGUAACUCAUUAAAAUAAUUGUAACGCUUA